AUGGUAGACAACAGUGAACAUUUAAUCAAAUAUCGCAUAGAUAAUGGUACCUUCAAGACGAUUAACAGUAUCGGAAUUGUAGGCUGUCAGAAGGAAUGUGUUCAGACAAUGCUGUGCCAGAGUAUUAGUUAUAACACAGACACUUUGGAGUGCCUUCUGGGUCAGUAUUCCGACAACAAAGUAUAUACUGGACUCACCAAGGACCUCUUCAUCCGCCAGAACGUGACCGACAGUAUAUUAGAAAGCCUUGGUCCUUGCAAGAGUCGUCCGUGUGCCUCGCAAGAACGAUGUGUCCGGCUGUCGAAUGGGAACUCCACCUGUGUCCUGAAUCUUCGACCAAUCGACCUCGCUGUUGUAAUUGAUGGUUCGAAGACUUUUGCGUUGGAUUCAUUUAAUGCUGUACUGGACUGUGUAAGAUACCUGAUCAACACAUUGUUUAACAUGAGACUGGCUGUAGCUACAUUCACCCAGACCACACAAAUACAAAUGUAUUUCGAUCAGUUCACCAGCAAGUCAAGUAUGUUACACGUUGUUAGUAAUGCAUUGGUAUAUCCCGAUCAAACAGGCAAUGAGCUUGGACAGGCUUUACUCGACGUCAACAAUCAAGUGUUCAACCAGUCUAAAGGCGAUCGACCGCAUGUAAUGAAUGUGCUUCUGAUUUUUCUGGAUGCGGAUGAUAUGAAUGAGGAAAAUAUAAGGAAUAACUCUGACUUAAUGAAAUUAGAAGGUACUGACAUAAUAACGGUCUGCAUCGCAUGUACAGCGACAGGGCAUGGAAUUACACAACAGGUAGCGUCAGAACCGCUUCAAAAGUACAUGUUAAAUGUGACCUCGUCAGACAAUCUUCCUGCAUUGUAUGAAACUCUUGUUGGCAUCAUGAACCAAAUACUAUAA